AUGCUGAGGAAGGUACAGGCUCAGUCACAGGUCCUCAGCCUAUGGAAUGGUGCUGCCCGCAUUCAGCUCCAGGGCUCCUUGAAAAGAAAACAAAUAAUCAACUUGUCUCCUGCCAACAGCAGGGGACCCAAUGGCUUUGCCGAUGGCUCAUUCCUUGAUGUCAAAAGGAUCAGGGUUGGGGAGAACCUUUCCACAGGUCAGGGGGCCUUCCCGGUAAACAAUGGACAAAGUCAUAUGAUGCCAGGGACCCUGACCAUGAGCCAAGCACCCCUGAGGAAGACUAGCACUCUGCCCCCUCCUACACAUUCUCCUGGCAACACUGUGUUUAACAUGGGCUUGAAGGAGGUGAAGAAAGAACCGGGGGCAGCCCUGUCUUGCAGUAAGCACGUGGAUGACCAAAUGACACAGGAGAGUAUUUUUACUAAUAGGUUUGGAGAUGACCCUGGAGAGCAACUGAUGGACCCUGAGCUGCAGGAACUGUUCAAUGAGCUGACCAACAUAUCAGUGCCUCCCAUGAGUGACCUGGAGCUGGAGAACAUGAUCAAUGCCACCAUUAAGCAAGAUGACCCAUUCAACAUUGACUUGGGGCAGCAAAACCAGCGGAGUACACCUAGACCUUCCCUGCCCAUGGAGAAGAUCAUUAUCAAAAGUGAAUAUUCUCCUGGUUUGACACAAGGCACAGCAGGUUCUCCCCAAUUGAGGCCCCCAUCAGCUGGCCCUGCAUUCUCCUUGGCCAACUCUGCUCUCUCCACUUCAUCCCCAGUCCCCACAGUCCCCCAGAGUCAGCCUCAGCCUCAGACAGCAUCAGGAGCAAAUAGGGCCCUACCAAGCUGGCAAGAAGUGUCCCACGCACAACAGCUCAAGCAGAUAGCUGCAAACCGCCAGCAGCAUGCUCGGAUGCAGCAGCAGCAACAACAACAGCAACAGCAACAACAGCAAACCCCUCCCAGCUGGCCAGCCUUGCCAUCCUCUGCUGGGCCAUCCCCAGGGGCAUUUGUGCAGGAAAAGAUCCCUAGUCCUUCCUUUGGCCAGCAGCCAUUCAGCCCACAGGGAUCACCCAUGCCUGGGGUAGCUGGCAGCAGCAACCAGUCCAAAGUAGUGGCCAACUAUACAUACAAGGCUAGUCCCUCAGCCCAGGCUGGACACCUGGAUGUGCUUCUGCAGCAAAAGCCUCAGGAUCUCAGUCGAAGUUUUAUUAACAACCCACACCCAACCUUGGAAGCCCGACAUGGCAACAGCAAGCCUUUGUUCCAUUUUAACUCAGACCAAACAAACCAGCAGCUGCCUUCUCUUUUGCCUUCCCAGAGCAAGCCUUCUCUUCUGCACUACACUCAGCAGCAGCAGCAGCAGCAGCAACAACAACAGCAGCAGCAGCAACAGCAGCAGCAGCAAGGCUCAAUAGCAUCUCAGCAGCAGCAGCAGCAGCAGCAGCAGCAGCAACAACAGCUGCAGCCACAGCCACAAAGCUCUUUGGUGGCUCAGCAGCAGCAGCAACACCAACAGCAAGGCUCAAUAGCAGCUCAGCAACAGCAGCAGCAGCAGCAGCCACCAUCCCAACCCACCCAACCUUUAUCAAGCCAGCCUUUGCUGAGGUCACCCUUACCACUUCAGCAGAAGCUCAUGCUUCAGAAAAUGCAGAAUCAGUCCAUCGCAGGCCUGGGAUAUCAAGUCACUCAACAGCACAGACAGGAUCAACACGCUGUGGUAGGCCAGAGCACAGGCCCCAGCCCAAGUCCCAGCUCCUGCUCAAAUCCAAACACUGCAAGUGGUUACAUGAACUCCCAGCAGUCUUUGUUGAAUCAGCAAAUGAUGGGGAAGAAACAGAGCCUGCAGAGGCCAGCCAUGGAGCCAAAGCAGCAGCUUCUCCUGCAGCAGCAGAUGCUGGCUGACUCGGAGAAAAUUUCCCCUCAGGACCAGAUGAGCCGGCAUCUGACAAGGCCACCCCCAGACUACAAAGACCAAAGAAGAAACCCAGGCAGCCUGCCUCCGGCUGCACAGUACUCUGGUGGCUCCUCCACAGUGAAUUUAAACUCUAACCAGGCUCUGACAAACCCAGCUUCAACACACACCAUUUUAACUCCAAACUCCAGCCUCAUGUCUACGUCUCAUGGGAUGAGAAUGCCACUGUUAUCCACAGCAGUUCAGAACAUGGGGAUGUAUGGAAACCUGCCUUGUAACCAGCCUGGCACCUACAAUGUCACUUCAGCAAUGAAUCAGCUGACCCAACAGAGAAACACAGCCCAGCUGAUGAGUCAGAACAACCCUCUGAUGCCACGGCCAUCUCCCUUAGGGGCAAAUAAUGGCAACAGUGUGGCCACCUUUGGAGCUGCAUCUGUUGGCAGCUCACAACAACUAAGGCCAAAUUUGGCCCACAGUCUGGCAGGUAUGCCAGCCCAGAGGUCAUCAACUGUCAUGAUCACAUCUAACACUACAGCAGCAAACUGGGCUUCCCAAGAUGUAACAGCCAAACAACAGGAAGCCCUCAAAUCCACAGGUGCCCGCUUCCCAACAGGGACAUCUGCAGCUUAUACCCCAAACCAGUCAUUGCAACCAGGAGUGGGGAGCCAGCCAUUUUCCCAGAGAGCAGUGGCACCCCCUAACCAAUUAACGCCAGCAGUGCAAAUGAGACCUAUGAACCAAAUGAAUCAGACAUUAAAUGGGCAAACACUUGGUCCACUCAGGGGUUUGAACCUCAGACCUAACCAGCUGGGCUCACAGAGUCUAUCUAAUAUGAAUCCACCAGGAACAGGACUAAAUCAGCCGCGGACAGGCACCAACCAGCCACCAUCCCUGACGCCCAACACUUUUCCUUCAUCCAACCAAAGUUCCAGGGCUUUUCAAGGAACUGACCACAGCAGCGAUUUAACUUUUGACUUCCUCAGCCAACAGACUGACAGCAUGGGCCCUGCGCUAAACAGUGAUGCUGAUUUCAUCGAUUCUUUACUGAAGACAGAGCCUGGCAAUGAUGACUGGAUGAAAGACAUCAACCUUGAUGAAAUCCUGGGAAGCAAUUCCUAAGGAGAAAGGGAAGGUGGUUUGCAAGGCUUCAAGCAAUGUUUUCCAAGGAUACUGUAAUGCCAAACUGUUGACAUCCGGGUGCUCUACAGGCAUCAAAAUAGAAAGCUGGCAGUAACCACAAUGAUAAACAUUCUGGUUCAUGUGCUUGUUUAAAAAAAUCUCGAGCCUGAUAUUAAAACACUGGGAUCCUUUUUCCCUGCCUGAAAAUCAGGACGUGUUAUCUAGUUUAUCCAAACACAGCUGUGAUGUUGAUGUGUAAUUAACUCUGUAAAAUGGUCUUCCCAAGUUCCUUUUCCCAGUGAAGGAAAUAUAAUGGAACUUGAGACUUGUUUCAAUCUCAUAUUGUAGACAGGUGUUUGUUCUGAGCAACAAGCAGCAGACUGUCGUCUGCUCUAGUAGAUAAAUAUGCUUUGAUUUCUCCACUAUCUUUCCAUUUACAUUUCCUAAAACCUGCAGGAAAGAUUGAAAUGUUAUGUCGUUGUUUGGAAUAAGAGAGAACCAGAGAACCUAGAAGCCAUCCAGCAGAUUCUAUGAUUUCUUCCCUAGAUGCACUCCUCAUUUUUGUAAUUUUCCCACAUUUUGUAUUUUGGUGGGAUGCUGUGUCUUGAGAUAAAAGAGGAAUGCAGGGCUUACAACUUGAAUGGGGCUUCCCUACCGAUUUCUGCAGAGAACCAAGACUUGCCCUGACCACACUGAAAUAUCAGUGCACAGUUGCGUACAUCAAAUUUCACUCCAAAAAAAAUCGAACCUUGUCAUGUAGGAGACAAGCAUGGGCAGAAAUACCUAGAGGUGUUUCUAGCUGUGACUGAGGCCCACUGUCCUGUUCCCAAGCAGAAUGAAAUUGAGCCUUAUCCUCCUAUUUUUUGGUAGCCUGAGACUUGUUUGUAAAAAAUGAAAGUUUGGAUCAGAGUGAGAAGAUUAGAGUAUCCUGUUUUGACUGGAGAUAAGAAACACGAGAAGGGUAUGAGGGUUGGCCCAGAGCUAUUUCACAGAGUUUAGAGGAAGUCAUAACUGAGACAACAGAGCCUUACUUGGACAUAGUACCUGUACUUGGGUCAACAGCUGAGCCCAGUGUGGUCUGUAUGCAGCCAUCCACUCACUCCAUUCAUGAUAUGGUGAAUCUUUGCCAUAUGGUGCCUGGGCCCUUUUUACCCAGGUUUCCUCCCUCAGGGCUGAGUGCUAUAGCACAGCAUGGGUUUUUGUUGGGUCACUGAACCUCAGUGCCCACAUCUAUGUCCACUGCAAAGUGGUGGAGAUGUACAGAUUUGAGAUGGGUCUAAGAUACCACCACCACUUUCCUAAAUCCAGAGAAUCAAAGGCUACUCUCAACCUCUGAGUUAUAUACAUUCACACACUUAAAUAUCAAGUGUGAUUUAACUCAAGUCAUUUGAAGCACCAAAUCUUCGCAAAUCUGUUCAGAAAAGGAACACGUUUUUAAAGCUCCAUGAAGCCCUCUUCUAGUCUCUCUCCUUCUUUUCUGCUGCACCAAUAUUGCUGGCCCAGAAUCUUUCCUGUGCUGAUUUGUAAAUAUUAAUAAAUUACUUGUUUUUGUAAA